AUGACAAACAAGUACUUGGUGGGCUGGCGCGCUACCCCUCCCACAAUCUCCCACAAGCUCAUGGCUAUACCGGCAAGAGGAGGAGUCAAUGCCCCGGAGUUCGUCUCUUAUAUAGCCCAACCAGACACGACACCGGCUGUACGUGAUGUGCCAUGUAUUUCCUUCAAAUUCAAGACUUUAGAUGCCGAUGCACUGCUGUUUCUCCACUACUUUGCCAACAAAACGCAAGAUGAGCCAUCCUAUCUGUUUUGGCUUGAACUCAAACAAGGGAAACUACUUGCAAGUCAUCUGCUGGAUGAAAACGUAGAGACAAGAAAGACACGAUCAACCUCGGCAUGCUUGACGUCGUUAUCAUCGCCCCAUCAGUAUCCAAUUAGAAUCUAUUUACAAAAACUCUGGUUUUCUCUCAAUAAUAAAUUGAAUGAUGAUGAAUGGCACACAGUUAACUACACUAAGAAACCAAUGGAAGGAGACUUGUCAAUCAGUGUAGAUGCAACGACUGUAGGGCUUAGUGUUUACCAAGGAGAUGCCGUCAGUGACUGGUUGCAGAGCCUUCAGUCCGUUUCAGCGGUUUUCAUUGCAGGUUUAAGUCCAAGCUCCGAGGCAGCACUAUCUAAGGACUUUAGACACCUGACAGGUUGUGUUGAGGAUAUUUUGUUCCUCUCUGCUAAUGGUGAGGAGCCCUGGAAGGAAAUACAUGGCAAUUUACAAGAAGGGACAUUACCAGGAUGUGUUGAUCGCUGUGCCUUGGAUAUGCCAUGCAUGAAUGGACGAUGUGUUAACUCUUAUGGAAGUGUACACUGUGACUGCAUAGGCACUGGGUAUCAUGGCAGUAAAUGUGAAAUUAGAGGGAAUGCUGUUGUAUCAUUCCAAGGCUUUAACUUUUUAGAAGUGACUAUGUUUUCAAGUAAGGAGAAGUUGCCAAUGGAUACAAGUCAUAUCAAUCUGAGCUUCAAGGUUGGGAAAGAGCAGGUAGUUGGUAUGCUGUUUUAUGCCGUUGGUGCUGUACCUGUGCAGACAUAUCUUGCCAUGUUCAUUCAGAACAGCAGGUUGGUGGUGAAUGUCAAACUUGGAUCAAGAGAAAAUAGGUUCCUUUUUAAGGAUAACCAACCUAUCAAUGAUGACAGUUGGCAUUCUGUAACCUUUAUCCACAUCGGUAAACACAUUGUAGUAGAGCUUGAUGGGCAGAGAUAUGAGCAGGCUGUACUUGAUGGUGAUGGCUCAUUCCAUUUUGAUGGUAAAGCGCUCAUUGGUGGUGGUGAAAACAUGAAUGGAUUCCCAGGUCUUGACAAUUCUUCUAACCUGGUUGGAUGCUUACGAGAGGUCUACAUUGAUAGAUUCAAUGUUCUAGAAGCCCUGGCAAUGAACUCUUCUGGUUUGAGCUUUGUUGGUGGGGAUCCCAUCUUUCAAUGUCAAUACCUGGGGUAUCCUCCAAUAACGUUUCCCUCUCAUGAGUCUACACUCACACUGGAUGGCUGGAAAAACGGAAGCAUGGACCUUAUGUUUGAUUUGAAGACUGCACAAGGUGAUGGACUGGUUAUGCUUGUUUUAUUGGAUGUUGAUAAGAAACUGGAAGGAAGGUUAAGGAUGGAACUGAUGAAGACGGCUUUAGUAGUUCAUGUUGAUGUUGGCACUGCACCAGGACAGCAGCUAGUACGUAACACACUCACUUCUAUCUCAGGCAUUAAUGAUACAAGAUGGCAUGGGGUGGCUCUUCAUUUACGAGAUGGGGUUUGUACAUUUGUUGUGGAUAGUAUUGGUUCCACUUUAAAAUAUUCUGAUGAGCUAUCAGCCAGUACCUCAGUGUAUCUAGGUGGAGGAUGGAGAGGUCAGGGUACAGGUGUUAAGGGAUGUGUUCGUCACAUAGUUUUUCAAGGGCAAGAGGUGAUAGCUACACAUCUGAUCAAUACAGCUGCAGCUAAUGGUGUGUUAUUAGACAACUGUCCUUUAUCCAAUCCUUGUGCUGCUGGUGAAUUUGUAUGUCUACAUGGAGGAACAUGCAAUGCCAUAACAGGAGGUGCUAAAUGUAACUGUGAAGGCACAAACUAUGUAGGAGCAAUGUGCAGCUAUUCAAUGUACAAACGAAGCUGUGCUGAACACUACUACUCCGGGGAUCACGUGUCUGGGGUUAAGAUGGUUGAUCUGGAUGGACAAGGGCCACUCUCUGCAACUUAUGUUAACUGUAGUUUCAGUUCAGGAAGUGUAAUUACAUCAGUGGAACAUAACUUUGCAGCCAAAACUCUAGUUCGCGAUGUUCAUCAAUCAAGUGUACAGUUCAACAUUACAUAUCACAGCAUGGAAAAUGAGCAGUUAGCACAGCUUGUUAUGAACUCACCAAGAUGCAGACAAUAUUUUAGUUAUUGGUGCUUUGAAGCACCACUGUAUAUAAAGAAAGGAUGGACAGUUUUGCAAAGCCCUUCAGGAAGACGACUUCGUAAUUACAAUCUUCUAUUUGCCUCUAGUUGUGAUUCCAAUGAGAAAGAGUGGAAUGUUGACCAUGGCUACAUAACUAAUAAGGACUCUUUACCAAUUGUGAGUCUGCAGUUUUACAAGAUGCCUUCUGUUGCUGGGGUUGAGGAAACGACAAAAGGCACUCUAUCCCUAGGCCCGUUGCAAUGUUCCAGUGAAUUUAAAGAAUACAGAGGUCAUACAGCUACCAUCUCUCGCUCUCAAGAUUUUAUCACUUUGGAACCAUGGAAAAGCAACUCAUUCUACUUCAAGUUUCGUACAUCUGGGGAGAAUGUUGUGAUGUUUCAUCAAACAAGCAGGCAUAAAUCAUUGACAGCAAUAAUUGAGAAUGCAUUUAACCUCAGGAUUACAUUUGAGAUGAAUGGUGAAUUCUAUGAGAGUAGAGUGACAACUGAUCGCCCAAUGAAUGAUGGCCAGUGGCAUACAAUGACUGUAGAGAAGAGCUUGAUUGAUUUCCGUAUCACAGUGGACUAUAAUGAAGGCUUUCUGACCUUGCCUAAAGGAAUCUUAAUCCAAGCAUUCACUGGACCUUUUCUGCUAGGUGGAAUGGAAGAACCACCCAUUGGUACCGAGGGCAUGACUGGCUGUGUAACAGAGUUCACAUAUAACGGUGGCAUUGCUUUCCUGUAUGAUUAUUACGAACAUGAUGAGAAUCUCCAAAUCUACGCUGGAUGCAACACUGCAUGCGAUUCUAACCCUUGCCAAAAUGAUGGCCGAUGUGUUGAUCAUUGGAGUUCGUAUACCUGUAUCUGUGCUCAUCCAGCACAGACUGGCAAGGACUGCAGCAAAGACAAUACUAAAGAUGUGGUUUCCUUCAUGAGAGAAGAUCUUUUUCUGGAAUAUGAACCAGAUAGUACAGACAUCCUUACCUCCAACCUGAGUCUUGGCUUCCGCACAAUCCAGUCUCAGGCAUUGAUAUUGUAUGCUACUGAUUAUUAUAACAACUUCAUACAGAUGGAGUUGGUUAAUGAAACAACAUUUGUUUUUCAAUUCAACUCUGGCAGAGAUGUCUAUCAAGUGAAGCUCAACUCCACUGAAAGUUUAUGCCCUGCAGUGGUGAUGGAUGAGCAAGUCCUAUGUACCCAUUAUUGCAAAGAUGACACACAAUGCAACAUUGGUAUGAAAUGUUGCCCUUUUGGUUGUGGCACUCAAUGUGUUAUACCAAAUGCAGGUUCUCCUUUGAAUAAUGGUGAUUGGGUCGAAGUGACUGUUGAAAGGCAUCAACAUUCAACUGUCGUGACAGUUAAUGAUCGCAAGGAAGAACUACAAGUUCCAGUUAGUUUGUUAUCAGAUGUCUAUGCAGAACCCUUUCUUCAUCCACAAGAAGUUGUUCAACCUUAUCAGCUGCGCAACAAAGGUGGUAGCUCCAUUGUAAAGACAUUUGUUGGAGGAGCCCCUAAUACAAUGACAUUGUUACCCGGACUCAAGGGUUGCUUAAGAGGACUAGUGGUUAAUGGACAGCCGUGGGCUCUCCAAGAUCUUGUUCAGAUCAUGCAGAGGUUAUUUAGCUCAAAGGCCCCAUCUUUGAAAUGUAUGAACCACUGCUCUGAGAAUCCUUGUAAGAAUGGAGGUGUAUGUACUGAGCUUUGGGUAGGUUUCACUUGUAACUGCACUGGAACCUCAUACUCUGGACAAACAUGCCAAGAAGAGUAUGGUGCUCAGUUCAAGGAUGAAUCUAUGUUAUCCAUACCAUUAAUGAUGAAGACAGACCCACCAGCUCUACAAAUGCAGCAAGACACAUUGGAGUUUGGAUUCAGUACAGAUCAGCCUUCUGGAAUAUUGUUUUAUGUGAGGAAUAUUGAAAGCAGUCAAGUAGAAGAGCGAAUUCUGAUCCUUCUUAAUGGAGGGGACCUGGAAGCUCAUAUUGACCUUGGAGCAGGAUCAACGAUGCUGCGUGUCUUGGGUCCAUUUAAUGAUACAUUUCGACAUGUUGUUGUCUUCAAACGCUUUGGAAAUAGAGUCCUGUUUGAUGUUGACAAUAUUGGAUAUGAAUAUGAAACGUUAGAGCCUGUAGAAGAGACGGAGUUUAAUGACAGACAUGUCAUGGUUGUUGGUGGAGUGGAAACCAACAUGACAAGUUAUGGGCUUGAUGGCCUGCAUGGUUAUACUGGGUGUUUGACAGGUUUAACAUACAAUGGGAAGCAUCCUUUAGAAACCUUGUUUCGUAGUAAUCCAGAGGAGGAUCAGAGUAACACUGUGCAUCGUCAACAAUGUCAAAUGUUUCAAGUAAAGGAAGAUAUUACCAAGGCAAUAACACCAGUCAUACCAACACAACCAUCUAUGAUGCGUACUAUGCCACCUUGGAAUUCUCAAGCAGUUCAGGGUGUUGAGAUUUCUCUUCCAGCUGAGUUAGUAUCAUCAUCUAAGAUCAACUGGAUCCUUAUUGGUGCCGUUGCUGGUGGAGGCGUUGCUGUGUUACUCCUUUUGUUAUGUUGCUGUUGUAUCCUCAGAAAUAGCAAAAAUGAGAAUGUAGUACUGGAGGAGAAACAGCAUCUAGUCAAACCACAAGACGAAAUCCAUGUUGUGCAUGCAGUACGUCAAGAAGCUGCAGAGGCACAAUGCAUGGAUGCUCCACCUCCUGAAGAGACACAAAGAACCCCACCACAUGGUAUCCCAGAGUAUGUUACUCCAGUACACGGUACCCAAACUUCUAGUCAGGUAUCAAUGCAACAGGAGAAGCAGGAGGUCAAGCAUACACCAUUGAUAGAGUCAUUGAUAGCAGAUAAGAUUGCAUCAGCUGACAGCUUAAGUGAUGAUGCUGCUUUUAGGCAACUAGAAGCAGAGGCAGCUGCUCCUUCAAAUGACACUCCACUGUGGGAUGAUAGUACACCUCAGUCUAAUGUUAUGCCAGCUACUAAUGACACCGUGGUUGCCGACAUUAAAAUGGAGCUAGAGAACACUUCAAGUGGAGCAGUACAAUCGGUUGAUCCAAUUCCUAUAAUGUCAGAAAACGAGGAGGCAUUGCUUGAUUUGGUUGCACUAGCGGACAGUAUUGCCCCUCAUCCAACUAAAUCGGACUCAGAAGAAACCAGCGUUUAACAUAAUAAGGGGCUGCUCGGUUUUAGUUGUUGGGACAUUUUGUGUUUUCUUGUGCAUACAGCAACAGGAUUUUAUCUAAACUAUCUAUCUAUCUAUAUAUCUACCUUGUCCAGAGAUUUCUCAUUACUGGCGCAUGGUAAAACUUUCAUAAAACCUUCUCUAUGUAACAAAAUAAGGUAUUAAAAUAAACGGUUAUUGGACAGACCUCCACUGUUUUGUUUCAGUUACUAUUUAGAGUAAUUUUAUGCAAUUUUCUUUCACUAAAAGAGUAAGCAUCUGAACGAGUGAUAUAGUUAGAAGCACGGUGGUAAGAAAACUGAUAUAGAGGAUAGCAAAACAAAACUGUUCAUUGAAAGCACAAGACAGGUGAGGAUAGUUUAAUGUUAGUUUAAGUUUGAAACCGUAUAGACGAUGUGACCUCUGACGUCACACGAAAACCAUAACAUGAUUCGCGCACAUACCGCCGGGUAAAACCUUUGCGUUUUGGCAGCCAGCUAGAAAGUGUAUGCAAUCUUACCAUGACCACGUGUCUUUUUGUCCGGCGAAACAUGACGUA